AUGUCCGCCAUGCUGCCGCCCGCCCUCGACGCACAGACUGUGCCACGCUUUCUCGCUGCGCUCGACGCCUUCGCUUACCCGAAACCCGCCGCCGGCGGCUUCACGGCCCGGGUCGCCAUCCUCGCGGCGCUCACGAGCCUGUCGAUGGUCCUGAGCGUCGUGUACCUCGGCCUUCACUGCCAGUCCACCCUCGAGCGCCCUCGCCGGCGCUGUCUCUGGCUCGUGCGCUUCCUCGAGCGACCCAGCGGCCGCUUUCUCGCCAUCAACACCCGACCCUCGUGGACCGUCAGCAUCUUCCUCUACUCGGCGUUCCAGCUCGCCUGCGUCUUUGCGUACUGGCGCGCAUACGGCUGCCACGAGUCGCUCAAGGCGUGGAUCAUCCUGCGCGCCUUCAUCGGCGUCUUCAUGUUCGCCGCCGCCUGGGUCAUCUCGUGGUCCGGCCUCAUGGCAUUCUUGCUCGCUGUCGAGCCCGAAAAGGUCUACAUGUCGGCGCGAGCGGCUAACGUCCUCUUCGUCGGCGGCGGCGCCCUCCUCUUCUCGGUCAACCUCGUCACCGCCAUCGUGACGGCCAGCUACGGCGUGCGCACGUUCGACCGGUACCUCGACUUGCGGCAGGCGCUCAUCGCGCUCGAGGCGUCGCUCGCAGGCCGAGCGCCGACCUUCCUCGACCUGCUCCCGCUCCAGGCGCCUCUCAACGCCCUCAAGACCGCAGAGAACGCCGCUCGCAUCGCCAACGCCCUCCAGUGGUCCUUUGUCGCCGUCCUCCCGCUCUUCAUCCUCGCCGUCGACCUCGGCGGCCUGCUCCUUUGCGCGAGGAUGCGCCGCCAGAUCCGAGAGAGCGUCGAGGGGCGCGAGGCGUCGGCGGUCGAGCGGGCGCAGGCGCGCAAGGUCCUCAUCUUCCAAAAGGCCGUCUCGGACCUGCAGACGCUCGCCAGUGUCGUUGCGUUCGUCUCGCUGUGCGUCCUCGGCAUCGCGAUUUGGGCAGCUUACAACUCUGCGAGCCCUCAGUACGAGGGCGUCAGCUGGGGCUACCAGGAGGCGCUCGCGACCGCCGCUUUCUGGGUCUUCACCCUACCUGCCACCGUCGCCCUCGUGUACAUCACGCUCAACGCCCUGCGCAGCCGACGCCGCAUCGCCGACCUCGAGACGGUCGCCCGCUCGUCCUCGCACGCGGUCGACGGCGACGUUCAGGGACGCGCAGGCGUGGCGAGCGCCCAGCUCGGCCUCGUGUGCACGACGUCCGACCCGAGUAGCGUCGGCGCAAGUCUCAAGAACCCAGAGCAUCCGGCGCUCGUGCUCUCAGUCGACGUCGGGCCAAGCGCGCCGUUUGAGAAGGUCGAGACGACGUCGCCGCACGUGCCGCUCGCGGCGCUCUCGUCGAGCGCGCUCUCGUCGCCGACGUCGAUCGAUUCGAGCACGAGUCGCAUGUCGCUGCGGCGCAUGAGCAGCUUCUUGCCGGUCGUGGCCACGGUCGAGCAGGUUGUCGUGACGGACGAUGGCGACGAUGACGCAGGAGGAGAAAUGUGGCGAGGGGCUCAAGGCGAGCCGAGCGGGCCAUAG